GAGGAGGAACCUGUUGUUUCAAUUUCCUUCAUUUCGAAGUUAUUUUAUUUGAAGCCAGCAAUUAGGAGCGAGCGAGAGCGAGAGAGAGAGAGAGAGAUCUCAACUGGGAUAUCACUGGAAUUAGCUAGAAAAUUCUGGGUCUGCCAUGUCUUCUCCCGCCGAGUUCUAUCGCUCACUUCCACCCAUAAGCAAAGCUUAUGGGACCAUCUGUGUAUUGGCAACUACAGCCUUUCAACUAGGGCUUUAUGAUUUUCGAAGUAUUGCAUUAGUACAUAAACUAGUCUUCUCACAUUUCCAGGUGUGGAGGUUGAUUACAAACUUCUUUUUCCUUGGAAACUUCUCAAUCAACUUUGGAAUUCGCCUCUUGAUGAUAGCAAGAUAUGGAGUUCAACUUGAAAAGGGACCAUUUGAGCGUCGAACUGCAGAUUUCUUGUGGAUGAUGAUAUUUGGAGCCUUGACAUUAUUGGUUUUAUCUGCUAUCCCUAUAUUUUGGUCCCCUUUCUUAGGGAUAUCUCUCGUGUUCAUGCUUGUUUAUGUCUGGAGUAGAGAAUUUCCAAAUGCUAACGUCAACAUAUAUGGCCUCGUGGCACUUAAGGCAUUUUAUCUACCCUGGGCGAUGCUUGCUUUGGACGUCAUUUUUGGUUCCCCAAUUAUGCCGGAUCUGCUGGGAAUCAUUGCUGGACAUCUGUAUUACUUCUUGACUGUGUUGCAUCCAUUGGCAGGUGGAAAGAACAUAUUACAAACUCCGAGAUGGGUACAUAAAGUAGUUGCAAGAUGGAGGAUAGGAGCUCCUCCGCCAAGUAGCCAAACCCAACAUGCCCCUGGUACUGGUGGUACGACUUUCAGAGGGAGGUCUUAUCGGCUUAGUGGAUAAUGCUGAUCUGUCAAGGGGCUGAGACUUUGCAGUCACAACUUUCGCACAUUUUUUGUCGAGGACGAAUCUAACAAGCAGAAAGGAAGCAAUUUGGUGAUAGGGCCCUAACUGUUGCAGAAGUUGUAAAAUUUCCCCUUGAGAACUAAUUUUCAUAAUUUGUUGAACAUGUGAUGAGAAAGGGAGAAUGUUCUAGAGAGAAACUAGAUAAGUUGAGCAACUAUGAAUGCCAAUGGUGUAGAGAUAAUUUUAUAUAUCUAAUUUCCAUUCAAAAUUUGGUUACCAACUCA